GCAAGUUACAAAGUAAGUUAUAUAAGUGGUUUCUUUUCUGUGUUUGGUGCAGGGAGAGCAAGCACGGUGGUUGAAGUGACAGGAGUAUCUGGGAAGGACAUAACAAUAACAUGCUCUCACGACAGUGCAUUUGAUAAUGUCAAAUACUUCUGCAAUUCAGUCUGUAAACGUGAUAAAGAUGUCUUAAUAAAAAGCAGGGAAUGGUAUUCUCAAGAGAAAUACAGCAUAGUAGAUGCGAGAAAUAUCUUCAAUGUUACAAUCUUUCAUCUGACAAAGCAGGAUGCUGGGACCUACUGGUGUGGAUGGGAAAAAUUUGGUCUGGAUAUAUACCAAAAAGUUGUCCUCACGGUCAGAGAAGGAUCAACAGAGGAGGCCAAGGAAGACAAGCCAACAACAGAGGAGCCCAAGGAAGACGAGUCAACAACAGGGUCUCCUGAGCAAGUUCCUCCAAGUACUUCAUCCUCGAUGACGCCAUUGUACAUCGGCGCAAGUCUCGGAGUAAUCACACUAGCAGCGGCACUCGUUCUUCUCAUCUACUUCACACAGCAAAAAGGGAAGAUUAGCACACAUCCUGGAAAAAAAAAGGACGCAGCCCUAAACUAUGCAGCGGUUUCCAAAGAAAAGUUAAAAUCAUCUGGCGCACCUCAGUCAUCUGCUGCUCAAAACCAGGAUACCGUCAAAUAUCAUGACUCCCUGAAUCCUCCAGACACCCUCCUCUAUUCCACUGUCAGCCACAUAAACCACAUGGACAGAAGCCAGGUCUCUAAUCAGCCUAAAAACGUGACAUACUCCACCAUUGUCUUCACAGAUGAAUCAGCAGUGUACUGUAAUAAAAACAAGAAUUGGAUCAACCAAAUCAUAAAAGGCAUGGCAAUAACAUUAAAAGUUUCCAUCGACAUCAUGACAGCCACGAUGCUUCUAUUGACAGUGACAGGAGGCAAAAGUGGUUCUCAAGCAAUCGGUGAUACACACUGGGAAGACUUGGAAGCAACAGUAAUAUCCAAACACGUUGGAGAAUCUGUCCAAAUCCAGUGCCCCUAUCCAAGCAACCAUGACAAGGAUGAUCAAUUCGUGUGCAAAGGAGAUAACCCUCUCAGUUGCAAGAGAAAGAUACAGAAAACCAAACUGUUGAGAGUAAAUGAAAGAAAAAAAAUUUUUUCGGUGUACAUCAGUGACCUGGAUAAAGAAGACUCUGGAACAUAUUGGUGUAUCUUUAAGAAAAACAGGAACCAAAGUGAAUACACCAAAGUGCAACUUCAUGUUGGUGAACGAAACAAAAGUAAAAAACCAAUACGUCCUGCUGUACAUGUAACAAUACCACCAGUGAUGAGACCAACACCAUCUAUGUCUUCUUCAUCGACAACACCAUCAACACACAGUAUGGUCAAAGAUAUCAAACUGGCUGUACUUGUUCUGCUGUGUUCCAUAUUGUCGGUGGUACCUGUCCUCAUACUUGCAGUGCUUAGAUACAAACUCAUCAGGAAACAAGGAGGAUCAUCAGCGCAGGCGACAGACUGUGGACCCAACAUUGAGAGAGAUCCUGCCGAUCACCUGUAUGAGGAGAUACAGAUGCAGUCCCUCCCAGGACAUGCCAUGAUCAGCUCUCCAACAGACCUUGUGCACUAUUCCAGUGUUAGUUUUCAGCAUGACUCAAGCAACAUCUCAAUGGUGCAUAACUCCAACCUUGAGCCUCAAGAAAAUAGCUCCUACUCCUCUGUCCGUGACAUUCACCUUAGCAACAUUCCAGUGGCAAAUACUAUCUACUCCACUGUAACAAAACCCAGAGGGCCAUGACAUCACCAGCCUUGCAAUUUGUAAUACCUUUAAUUUGUGUUGCACUAACACCCAAUAAAAUUUUGUUUUGCAGAGAGUACAUGGCCUUGUGGUUAGCACGUCUACCUGACAGUUGUUAUGCUCUGGGUUUGAAUGUCACUUCUUCCAGUCGUGCAGUUUAGACAUUUCCCUGUACUUGUGUGGUACUUGUGUGGUUUUCAGAAUGCAUGUUUUCACUUUCUGAAAACAUGCAGGUCCAUGUUAGGUUCGGUGAAAAUUCACAUUUUAUGUGGCCCGCGAAAAACGGUUAAUGUUUCUUGCUGAAAUACCAACAUUGCUUAUUAUCUUCACUUUUAAAAAUGUUGACAUAUUGCAAGCAUUUGUUUCCAAUUCUCA